GUCACUUCUACCGGAUAUGGAGGAAGAGAGAAAGCUGAUUGGCGGAUCAAAUAUACGACGUUUUAAUGGCGGAGCUUUUUGUCAAGACAAGUCUAGAAACAUGCUGUUUGUUUAAAUGUGGUUUGUUUUAAAGUUAUUAAGAUUUUCUUUCAGUCAGAGUUAUAUUUGAAGAGCAUUAGCUUUGAAAUGGCGACGCUAGUGCUGGAUAACGGAGCAUACACGGCGAAGAUCGGAUACAGCCAAGAGAAAGUCAGGUGAGGCAGCGAAGAUCAGAGCUUAAAGGAGAAAACUAUAAAUAAAUAAACUAUUAAAAACGUUAAGUUUAGCCCUGUUUUGUGAAAUACACAGAUAAUGCUAUAAUUACACGUUUCCUAAUGAGAACGCAUAGAUCCGGAGAGAUCAGACAACCAAACCCCACUCAAAUAUGUGCAGCUUUUACUUUCACUGAAAAAUCUGAUUAAUUUAAAACUUCAAACUCAAUAUUAAACUAAAACCGGAAUUUUCAGGACCUUCUCUGAAAUUCGGCUCAAGUUCAAACAUCACAAGACCGGUAUACUCCACAAACAGCAGGGUAUUUUAGAGUUUUGUUUGGUUUUAACCAUAGACUGUAUCUACAAUAUAUGGUAUAUAUCAUAAUCAUGAAAUGAUAAUUAUUAAUAUAAUAUAACGUAUAUACAGUCUUUGGUUUUAACCAUAAAAAUAUAGUUACAAUUCUCUCUAAUGUCAGUGGAAUCAGUAGAAAGUCCAUCACAUUUGACCUUUAUCUGACCAGGUUGUUCACAUUGAUAGUUUCACACAGCAUUAUUUGUUAUUUCACAGUGAAUACCAAAUAGGCCAUUAUAACUAUAACAUCUACUGGCAAUUAGAUAACUCAUUAAUUGAUACUACAGAGUCAAAUUUCUGUUAUGUUUUAUAUUAUACUUGUUUCUAAAUCUAUUUUGCAGCUCUUGUUAUUGGUAUCCAAAAAUUAUUUUAUCGAUUGAAGUAAAUCAGUCAGGGAAAUCAAAGCAGCCACGUUCUUCAAAGAACUGAAGAAAUAGUACAUAUAUGCAUCUAUCAGUAAAAUGAUUAUUUCCAAAUUGAUCAUCUCGUUUUAAACGUUCGCUCCUCCGUCUUUGUAAUUUCAGAGGUCAUUCUUACUAAAAGCCACAUGAAGCUAAACCCUGAGUUAUGUCUUUGGGAUGGUAAAUAUUUGACUAUGAUAACUUUUUUUGUUAUUGUCCUAAUAUUUCACAAGCAUCAAGAACAGAAGUAUAAACAGGAGAAAAGACCGAGUUGGAGGAACGUGUCUUCAGAGUCAGUCUUGUAUGUGUGUUUCUGCGGUGUGUACUGUAUGGUAAACUAAGUCUGUCCAGUUUGGGUUUGUGGCCGUCUAAGAGUUUUAUACUCACCCCUGAAACCCUCAGAAACUUCAUUUGUUGCCAAAACGUGUCCUGAGAUUGACAGAUCAUGUAUGUUCUUUUUUCUUUUUCUUCACCAGCAUCAUUUAGAAACUGUUUUCCUGUUAAUAUUCAGAAUAUUCAUUCAUGAACUUCCAGACAGGUCAAUCAUCUUCAUUUCCCUUCUUAUAAAACCGAACACGCUCAGUUUCCCCUCAGCUGUCCUGGAGUAUAAAUGAAAAUCAAACACAUAACCUCACCGUUUUCCUCUCGCAGCGUCAUCCCCAACUGUCAGUUUCGCUCCAAGACGUCCAGAUUAAAAACCUUCACAGCCAAUCAGCUGGACGAAAUCAAAGAUCCGUCGGGUCUCUUCUACAUCCUGCCCUUCCAGAAGGUGAGAGGGUGAAUAUGUGGACUCUUACGCAUUAUGACGGGCUGUUUUCUGACUGUUUUCUGACUGUUUUCUUCCUCGUCAGGGUUACCUGGUCAACUGGGACGUCCAGAGGAAAGUGUGGGAUCAUCUGUUUGGAAAGGAGAUGUUUAAGGUUCAGUAUUUUCUUCAUUCUUGUCGGGAAACGAUUUAAAUCUGAGACUUUACAGGAUGAAUUUGGCUUAAAUCUUCCUCGGCUGGGGUUUUUGUGUUUUUGUGCAGGUGGAGUUUGCAGACACCAGCGUCAUCAUCACUGAACCGUACUUCAACUUCUCCUCCAUCCAGGAGUCCAUGAAUGAGAUCCUGUUUGAAGAGUACCAGUUCCAGUCAGCGCUCAGGAUAAACGGUGAGUUUGGGAGUCUCGACGAGGCUGAGUUCAGACGUCCUGCAGAGGAAACGCUCGUCCAGUUUCCUUCUGUCCGUCAGAAACCAAAGCUCAGGUGUAGAUCAACAUCAAACGCUUUACUGCAGCUAAACGUCGUGUAACGGAGUAAAUGAGACGGCGCCCACUCUCAGAGUAGAUUUUUUAAAAAGCGUUUGCUGUUGUCUGUCCUUCGCUGUGGCUCAGACACAGGGAACCUCUGGAGGAGGAGACAGCUCCAGAGUAGCAGGUUCCUGGUCCCUGAACCAGACCAGAAUGUUUGAGUCUCAUUGACCGAAAGUGGAUCAAAACAAGAUGAAUGUGAACUGAUCAUUUUCCAUCAUGAAGAUCAGACAGUCACGGCACACCCCUCACUGACCAUCAUUUAUUGACUCCUCCUCUCAGUCUGCUUCAUUCCUGUAAUCAUCUUCAUCAUCAUUAUUCGUCUCUCCCCUCGGUUGAACCCGUGCUCUUUGUUCUCCAGCCGGAUCGCUCAGCGCUCAUCACUACUUCCACUCCAAACCCUCAGAGCUCUGCUGUUUGGUGGUGGACAGCGGGUUCUCCUUCACCCACAUCGCCCCCUACUGUCGGAGCAAGAAGAUGAAGGACGGCAUCUGCAGGUUAGAGGAGCUCCAAGAGAACAUCCUGAUGAAGCCAGAGUGGUGAUAGAUCUGCUCACACUGAUGAUCCGCCUGUUUCUUUGCUCUGUCAGGAUCAACGUCGGAGGGAAGCUGCUGACCAACCACCUGAAGGAGAUCAUCUCAUACCGGUGACUUCACUUUGUUCUCACAUCUCCAACAUCUAACACCGUCUGUGUUGUGAUGUUUGCGUUAUUUUUCUCUGUUCUCUUCUUCUUCUUCUGUCCUUUUGUUCGUCAUAAAUAAAUUCUUUUUUAUUGCACAUCACACUAGAUUAGGAAGAGGAAAGGGGUCUCAAUCUCAUCAAAUUAUAGUUCAGGACAACCCCUCUCCUCGGUUUUAAUGCACAACAUUAGAAAGCACAUAUAUGAGAGAAAUUAAGAAAAAAUAAAUAAAUAAAUAAAAUAAUAACAAUAAUAAUAAUAAUAAUAAUAAAACAAAUAAAAAUAAAUAAAUAAUUAUAAAGUAUAUUAAGUAAAUAACAAAGACUUAAUACAUAUAUAGACAUAGGGCAAGGUGUUGUGCCGCAUUCAGUCCGGGGCAUGCGGGUGUUGGGGUGGGGGUUGGGGUGGGGGUCUGGGGGCCUGGGGGGAUGCAGGCGGGUCUCGCGCAAGUAGGAAGGGACCUGAGGUGGUCCACAAAUUCCUUCUUCUUCUUCUUCUUCUUCUUAUUAUUAUUAUUAUUACUAUUAUUGUUGUUAUUAUUAUUAUAUUAUAAUUUUUAUUAUUAUUAUUAUUAUUAUUAUUGAUAUUGUUCGUGCAGUAUAAUUUUUCUUUUUCUUUUGCUUGUCUGACAAUUGUAAUAUUUAUUUUUUAUUUUUUUUUCAUUAUUAUUCACAUAUAUAAUACACACACACCACAAACACACACACACAAAACCACAAAUGCCAUUGUUUGUUGUAUGUCUUGUAUUGUCACACUGCACAAAAAAAAAUAAAUAAAUUCAUUAUUAUUAUUAUUAUUAUUAUUAUUAUUAUUAUUAUUAUUAAGUGAUGAAGUUUCUCUUCCAGGCAGCUUCACGUCAUGGAUGAAACUCACGUGAUCAACCAAGUGAAAGAAGACGUCUGCUACGUGUCGCAGCAGUUUUACAAGGACAUGGAGAUCGCACAGUGAGCGCAGACAAGUUUGAAGACUGAGUAUCUUCUGAGAGAGCUGGUCCUGAUGAGAUGUUCCUCUUGUGUUCGGUCUGUUUCAGGUUGAAGGGAGAGGAAAACUCUGUGAUGAGAGAUUACGUCCUCCCUGAUUUCAGCUCCAUCAAAAAAGGUUUCUCCAAGGUGAGAGAACAUCUGAGAUCGGCCGUGAGAUCCUUGGUGCGUCUGUCGUAACACCCCCUGUGGUUUUUGUGUCCUCCAGCCUCGAGAGGAGAUGGUCUACAGUGGAAAGUACAAAACAGGCGAGCAGAUCUUGAGGUUGGCCAAUGAGCGUUUUGCUGUUCCUGAGAUGCUCUUCCACCCCUCAGACAUCGGCAUCCAGGAGACGGGCAUCCCAGAGGCCAUCGUGCACUCCAUCCAGUCUCUGCCUGAAGGUCAGACCAUCAUCAACAACAGGAAUGAGACAUUAAUCAUGUCCUACUCUGACCUGAUAGAAGAUCUCAGAUGCUCAACAGUUCAGGGUCUCCUUGCUCCUGUUUUUGGGGUCAUGAUGGUCCAAAUGUUUCCAAGUCAGGACCGCAUCAGUCCAGGUUCUCAGCAGGAAUCUUCUCCUGUUGUCAGGGAAUGUGGUUUGGGAUCAUCUGAAGGUCUUUCCUGAAAAAAUCUCUGUUUGGAUGGCAGCAGAUGUUGCUCCUAAACCUGGAGAUAUUGUUCAGCAUUAAUGAAGCCUUCAACAAUGUAGAAGAUACCCGUGACAUGAACUCUGAUGGUUCCCGGACCAUCAGGGUGCUGAGAACAAGCCAGGUGGACCCUCUUCUCUUUAAAACUAAGGAUGCAGCAUCUAUGACUUCCAGUUCUUCGUUAAAAGGACAGCUGGACUUACUUGAGACGUCUCUUAAGUCCAGCUGUCCUUUCCACGCAGUGACUUCCACUCCAGAGUCCUGUCUGUGUUUCAUGCCCUGAAGAUCAGGACCAUCUGAAUGAUCCGAUGUUCCACUCAGGAACUUGAGUCUGUAUUUGUGAGUAUGUGAGGUGUCUAACGGUGUUAUCUCUCCACAGAGAUGCAGCCGCACUUCUACCAGAACAUCAUCCUGACCGGAGGAAACACGUUGUUCACUGGAUUCAGAGAACGUCUGGAGGCGGAGCUACGAUCGCUCGCCCCUGCUCACCUCCCCGUGUCGGUGCAGCUGCCUGCGAAGUAAGAUCGAGGUUGUUUCAGUAGAUGAGAUAUAACUUUGUUUAUCGUGAUUAAUCUAUCAUGAUCGUCCAUCAGAUCUGUCUCACUGUUUGUUCUGUGAGAAGUACUGAAAGUGUAGUCAUGAAGAGUCAGAGCGACCUCUGCUGGACAAACUGCGGGACUACACCAUUUCUGAAUCAACCCGAUCAUUUUCUCUGUUCGACAUAUUUAGACAUGAUUCCUACAAAAACAUCUCUCAGGUACCUUCAUGUGGACUUAAAGGUGGAGUCGGCAGGAACCCGUUAAAGAAGCAUCUUUUUAUUUUGUGGUGUAUUUACAAAAAUCUUCUAAUAUCAGUCAAUAGUUAUCAGUUAUUGAUGACAUUUGGUAAUAUAUCGAUAUCUCUGUGUUCUCUUAUGUCUGUGUCGUCAACAUUUGAACAUUUUUGAGCGGUCCGCUCUUUCUGACUGUAAACAAAGCCGUUCUCCACCUCCUCUAACCUGAUUGGUUGUGAGGCAGACGCUGCUCCCCCGUGUCGUUCAGGAGCCCAAACAAAGUUAGCGUGCUACAAUAUCGGACAGUAGAAACCAACCAGAAAGUUCGGAAAAUUGUCUGAAUCCUCCUUUGGCCACGACUGCCGACACAAGCAAGAAAACACUCAAACAUAAACAGUCAGCAAGAAAACAGUCAGCAAGAAAACAGUCAACACCAAAACAGUCAACAAAAAACAGUCAACAAGAAAAUGCUGUUCCCCCGUGUCGUUCAGGAGCCCAAACAAAGUUAGCGUGCUACAAUAUCGGACAGUAGAAACCAACCAGAAAGUUCGGAAAAUUGUCUGAAUCCUCCUUUGGCCACGACUGCCGACACAAGCAAGAAAACAAAGUAGAUUCUCCUAAAAACUGGAACUUCCUCAGAUCCUGACUACACCACCUUUAAAACUCCACCCUCUGGUAUCUUCAGCUCUUUUUAAUCUUUAAUUUUCUGCAUAAAUCUGAAGUUAAGGGGUUGGAUACUUAAAUACUUACCUAAGCAUUUACUACCAUCAUUUAAAAGGUUGACAGUAAAAUGCAUAAAUGAGGGUUUACAUUAACGGUGUUGACCUUUUCUUCCUGCAGUCCGAUCACAUAUUCGUGGGAAGGAGGGAAACUGCUUGCACACAGUCCCGACUAUGAGGAGAUAGUGGUGACCCGGGAGGACUAUGAAGAGAACGGACACUGUAUCUGUGAAGAGAAGUUCGAUAUCUGACAGAGCUGAAAAAACACAGCAGCAUCUUUUUCUGCAUCAUCCUGAUGAACAGUGAAGAAAUCUGAGAUUACAGUCGUGGGAACCUGCAGACUGCUGGUGUGUCGGUUCUGAUUGACCAGCAGCAGAGAUGGCAUGUACAUUUAGACAGGAGGAUGUUUGUUUUCUAUUUUUACUCAGUGUUGUAUGUUUUUGUAAAUAUGUUGACCCUCUUCUGAGUCGUUUUCUAAGUCUAAGUUGUACUCGACGUUUAUCUUAUCUGUGAUAUAAAUCACUUUGAGACUCUCCACUCCUUCUGAAUCACUUCCAUCUAUUUUCAGAAAUCUAAAUCCUUUUUGCCUCAAAAUUAUCAUCAAAGUUCUCUGAAAGAAACUGGCAAGUAUUUAAUCUGGAUUAAAGAAAUCCUUAAAAAAAAAUCUUAACAUUUAAAAAGAAGGGUCUCAAAUCUGCAGCAUUACAUUUACAGAGAUGAUGUUUUUAUUGAAAUAGUUUUAACUGUUGUCAGACAAAACAAGAGCUGACUGAACAUCUGUCACUUUUACAGCAUUGUUAACAUUUAAACAUGACAAAUCACAAAAUCAAUUUGAUAACGGAGAAAAUAAUCAUGAGCUGAUCUUCAGUUUAAAACACUUUUUGAAGUGAGUUACAACUUUGAGCCCUUUUUAUAGGAGUUUUUACCUGGUUAGGAAGAAGAGGAAAGGUAAAACUGACUUACAAAAGUAGUAGAAGUAGUAGUCAUCAUCGUUUAUUCAGUCAUGACAACACCAAAUAUUGUACACAAUAUUGGCAUUUCACACUAAAUCACUCAAUGAAUAAUCAUGUGUUGAAUAUUGACUGAAAAGGCAGAAACAGACUGAUUAUAAAAGUCGAUCCUGUGUUGUUAGAUUACCGACCUCCAGAAGAGCAAAGAAACCAGAACAACAGAGAAUUAAUCGACUUAAAAGCUUCAAAAAUAACUUUACAAACUAUUUUCCUAAAAACAAAAAAAGACUGACAUGUUUUUAGAUUUAUGUCGGCAUCAUUACAGAGUUUAACUCCAGUAACAGAGACACGUCUCCUUUCAGACCUUUUUUAGUUUUUUGUUCUGAGAUUAUACCGACUGUCCUGAACUGAAAAGAACCUCUGUAUUCAGUCAGGGAGCAUCUAUGAUUUUGCUCUAAUCAUAAUUCGCAUUAUUUUAUAAUAAAACAGAUCAUAAAAUGUCAUAACAUGAGAAUUUAGAAAAAGUGGCUCGGUGUGAUCAUAAUAAUCAGUCUUAUUGAUCAUACCUAUAGCUGGUUUUUGCAGUUUUAUUAUUGAUUACAGUGGUUUUUAAAGGUGGAUCCCCACAGUUCCACACAGUCAGAUAUAUAAGGAACAAUCAAUGAGAAGUAAAUCAAAUACAAAGCCUUGGAAUUCAAUACUUUUCUCGAUUUGUACAGGAUUGCAGGUGAUUUUGAAGUUUUCCCUGUAAUGUAUUCAAUGUGUUGUUUCCAUGUUAACUUUUGAUCAAUGACAACCCCAAGAAAUUUAGUCUCAGUAACUCUUUCAAUGUCAACAUUACAGAUUCUUGAUUUAACAUUACAAUCACUUUCUUUCAGAUUCCCAAAAACCAUAAUUAUUAUUAUUUUUUUUAAUAUUUAAAGAUAAAUUAUUGGCAUCAAACCAACAAACCAUCAGAAAGAGAUGAUCAUUUUUCCAGGGUGGCUAAAAUCAACCCAAACAAACAAACAAAAAUCACUCAUAGGAGCUAUAACCAGACCCUAAAUAUAUGUAAGAUAAAACAUCUAUUUUUAUGAAAAUAAAGCUGUGGUUUUAAGGGAUUAGAUAGGGAUAAAAUAAGAUACUUAGUCCUACAAAGGGAAAUUCCCAUUUACAGUUCAUCCUUUCCAAGAAACAUACAGGGUGACAGGAACAGGAGAACUGUCUCAUUCUGAUGAUAACAAAGUCAUAAGACUGACUAUAUUGUCAUUUGAUACCCUGAUAUUAAAGAAAUGUUUGUGGAGAAAAUAUCAAGAAACUUACACAAAACUGUUUUUUUAAUCAAUUUCUUUAUUACCAGUUUGUACAAUCACGUUAAUAUUAGAAAUAUCGCAGUGUUAUUCUAAAUGCCUCCUAAUAAACUCCAUACAUGAUGAUCAAAGAAAAA